AUGGCGGCACAAACACUGACACGGAAUUUCUAUAUCGACGAUUUGUUGACCGCAGAAAACUCUUUGGAGAAAGUAAGGUCGCUGCGAGAUCAACUCGUCGACAUAACCAGAAAUGAGGGAUUCGAACUUCGGCAGUGGAUCUCAAACGAACCCCAAUUACUGGAGCCACUACGCAUGAAAUCAGAUCAGUCAAACCACCUAUCGCUGGAUGUCAGGGCACCAUUGAAGACACAGACUCUACCCAGAUUAGAAUUAUGCGCGGCAGUAUUAUCGAUCAAAUUAGUCCGAAACGUUACUAAGGCGUUGAACCUUACAUUCCAAAAAAUUACAUUCUGGUCAGAUUCAACCAUAGUAUUGCAUUGGAUCAAUACACCACCACACGCACUUAAAACAUUCAUGGGAAACAGAGUAACAGAAAUCUUACGAGAUAGUACCGAGAAGCAGUGGCGGCAUGUGUCGUCAGAAGACAAUGCGGCAGAUAUCCUGUCGCGAGGCGUAGAGCUGGGAGACCUUAUACACCAUAAGACUUGGUAUCAGGGAUCUCAAUGGCUGAAUCAACCAGAGGACACUUGGCCACAUGAGGAACUCACAUCUAUCGAAAUACUUGAGCAAGAAAAGAUAAUAACACUACAAACCAUCAUCCGGGCAGAAUUUCAAAUAUUAGAAAGAUUUUCAUCGUUCCCACUUUUCACACGGGUCGUCGCCUACUGUCUAAGGUUUUACAAUAAUAGCAGACAGCCCUCAAAACACGGAAGAGAGCUGACGAUAGAAGAACUAAGUCAGGCCACCUGUCGAAUCAUAACUCUACUCCAAAAAGCAGCCUUUCCGAUUGAAAUGCAAGACUUAUGUACGAAAUCAACACCGAGCAAACCAAAUCGAUUAAUCGCUUUAAGCCUAUUCCUAGACGCUGAAGGGAUACUCAGAGUCGGAGACAGGCUAGCCCAAUCAGAGUUGAGGUACGAGCAGAAACAUCCAGCCGUCCUACCACAACAGCAUCAUCUCACCAAUUCUCUAAAUGCAGUACGACAAGCAUACUGGCCGAUCAACGGAAGAGUAGCGGUAAAAGCAGCAAUCCGAAAAUGUGUAAUAUGCCACAGAAUUACAAAGACCGCACAUGUUAAACUACUCAACGAUCUCACAUCUGAAGCAUUUCUUGCAGCUCUGAGGAGGUUCGUCGCUAGGCGCGGGCAAUGCACGGAUAUUUACAGCGAUAACGCUUCAACGUUUACCGGGGCCAACAAUCAAAUACACAAGGCCAUUGGGACAAUAUCUUCGGAAACGAAUAUACAACUCCGAAAUUACUUACUGAACCACAACGUAAAGUGGCAUUUCAUUACACCCCGUACACCACAUUUUGGCGGAUUGUGGGAAGCAGCAAUAAAGGCGUUAAAACACUACUUAAUUCGCAUAAAGAAGGACACCAUCUUCAUGUACGAAGAAUUGGUGACUUGCAUGAUAGAAAUCGAAGCUAUCCUCAACUCUAGACCAUUAACUCCCUUAUCAUCCGGCCCCAACAGCCUCAGUCAUUUGACACCCGGUCACUCUUUAUCAAGGAUUCUCUUACCAGUAUCACCGAGUGCGAUCUUACGGUCCUCAAACCAGGUCGACUAUCGUUAUGGAAAAGGGUACAAUAAGUAA